AUGGCUCCGUGCAGAAUGCUGAACCAGAUACCUCGGGAACUAACAGACUGGAAAAAUAAUAUGACACAUGAGGUGAAAAGACUGUUCAAAUAUGUGGGACAUUUACCGAGUCUUCUAAGCAUAACCCCAAAUGUUGCAAUCAUUCAAGCUCUACUUGGGUACUGGGAUCCAGAAGGUUCUAUUUUUCGAUUCGGUGAAUGUGAACUAACACCAACUUUAGAAGAAAUAGAAGGAUUAUUGCAGAUACCUGGGAAAGGUUAUCCUAUGAUAUAUCCAACUAAUGGAACAAGGGAACAGUUUUAUAGGUUUUUGGGAUUAAGGCAGGCUAGUAUGAACCAACAUCCGGAUGCGAGAUCGUGCCCGUUAGAGUUUCUGUAUGAACGAUUUGGAGAAAGAGGGUCCUAUGAACAGUACCGAACCGAUUUUUUUAUAAGUAAGGAGCAAUGGGUAGAGAAGCGAGUGCAAGCGUUUGGAUUAGCUUUGAUCAAUCUGUUGUUGUUCCCGCAAAAGCAUGGAAAGAUCACAUUUUUCACUAUCAACAUGGUUCAGAGCCUAUUUUCAGGGAUUAAUGGAAUGACCCCUACCUUGGUGCCUGUAAUCAUUGCCGACAUCUUCACGGCCGCUACUGAAUGUCAAAAGAAGAGAGGUUUCUUUUAUGGGUCAAAUUUGAUACUCCAAAUGUGGGCAAUGGAGCAUCUAGCGAAGAGAACGCUCAAUCCUUUGGGAUCUUGUCUCCCCGCAGAGAAUUGGAUCGAAUCACACCGAGAAAGGGUCAAAAAGUAUUAUCGAAUUGCAUCUCCGACUCAGUUUAUUCAAGAGUUCGAUAACUUGGCACCUGAGAAAAUACAAUGGGUUUUGGAUUGGACAAAAGUUAGGGAUCCGGUUUUCACGACUACCCAACACAGUUUUAUCCCCCUAGCAGGCACCAAUGGAUUGGUCGCAUAUGUUCCGCAACGAGUCAUGAGGCAAUUCGGGUAUCCGCAAAGAAUUCGAUGA